UUUUGCAGCUUGCGGGACUACAAUCUGUGCCAGCAGCCUGAGAGCGAUUGUUACUGGGGCAGUCUUAGCAGUAACACUGAUAUUAGUAUAAACAUCUGCAAUACACUGUCACCGCAGACAGGGAGACCAGAGGGUUAUAUACAGGAACACUCUUCAGGGACACCAGGAUUAUUACAUACAGGAACACUCUUCCAGGGAUGGGGAUAUCAGAGGAUUAUUACAUACGGGAACACUCUUCCAGGGACAGGGAUAUCAGAGGAUUAUUUACAUACGGGAACACUUCCAGGGACAGGGAUAUCAGAGGUUUAUAUAUACAGGAACACUCUGACAGGGAUA